CCACCACAUCCCCCCCCCCCCCCCUCCUUUAUAAGUCAUCCGAGACUCCCGUAUUCCCGUCUUUCUCCCAAUUCGCUUCGCCUCCCAGUUUUUCGAUCCCAAAAUUAUGGCUCACCAACCAGAAUCGUCUGACUCGAAAUCGGGGAAGAAGGACUUCUCGACGGCAAUUCUGGAGCGUAAAAAGUCUCCGAAUCGGUUAGUGGUUGACGAAGCCGUCAACGACGACAACUCGGUGGUGGCGUUGAACCCCGAGACCAUGGAGAAGCUCCAGCUCUUCCGCGGCGACACGAUUCUCAUCAAGGGCAAGAAACGAAGGGAUACAAUCUGCAUUGCUCUUGCUGAUGACACAUGUGAUGAGCCAAAGAUUAGGAUGAACAAGGUUGUUAGAUCAAAUCUGAGGGUUCGGCUUGGAGACGUCAUAUCUGUGCACCAGUGCUCUGAUGUGAAGUAUGGGACGCGUGUCCAUAUACUGCCAGUUGAUGAUACUAUAGAAGGAGUUACUGGCAGUUUGUUUGAUGCAUACCUGAAGCCUUAUUUCUUGGAGGCUUAUCGCCCUGUGAGGAAGGGAGAUCUAUUUCUAGUUAGAGGAGGUAUGAGAAGUGUAGAGUUCAAGGUCAUUGAAACUGACCCAGGGGAGUAUUGUGUGGUUGCCCCAGACACUGAAAUCUUCUGCGAGGGGGAACCUGUCAGAAGGGAGGAUGAGGAUAGGUUGGAUGAUGUUGGUUAUGAUGAUGUGGGUGGUGUUCGGAAGCAGAUGGCUCAGAUUCGUGAAUUAGUGGAGCUGCCACUAAGGCACCCUCAGCUUUUUAAAUCAAUUGGUGUGAAACCACCUAAGGGAAUUCUACUUUAUGGACCCCCAGGUUCUGGAAAGACAUUAAUAGCAAGGGCUGUGGCUAACGAAACUGGGGCUUUCUUUUUCUGUAUCAAUGGGCCAGAGAUUAUGUCCAAAUUGGCUGGGGAGAGUGAAAGCAAUCUCCGGAAAGCAUUUGAAGAAGCUGAGAAGAAUGCUCCAUCCAUCAUUUUUAUUGAUGAAAUUGAUUCUAUUGCUCCUAAGCGGGAGAAGACACAUGGUGAAGUUGAAAGGCGAAUUGUUUCACAACUUUUGACUCUCAUGGAUGGACUGAAAUCUCGGGCUCAUGUUAUUGUUAUUGGGGCCACAAAUCGACCAAACAGCAUUGACCCAGCUUUGAGAAGGUUUGGUAGGUUUGAUAGGGAAAUAGACAUUGGUGUUCCAGAUGAAAUUGGGCGCCUUGAAGUUCUUCGCAUCCAUACCAAGAACAUGAAGCUCUCUGAUGAUGUUGAUUUGGAAAGAAUUGCAAAAGACACCCAUGGGUAUGUUGGUGCUGAUCUUGCUGCUCUCUGCACUGAAGCUGCACUACAGUGCAUUAGAGAGAAGAUGGAUGUGAUUGACUUGGAAGAUGAAUCUAUUGAUGCUGAGAUACUUAAUUCCAUGGCUGUUACCAAUGAGCACUUCCACACUGCUCUUGGAACAAGCAAUCCAUCUGCUUUGCGUGAAACAGUUGUUGAAGUGCCCAAUGUCAGCUGGGAGGACAUUGGAGGCUUGGAGAAUGUUAAGCGAGAGCUUCAAGAGACUGUUCAGUAUCCUGUGGAGCACCCAGAGAAGUUUGAGAAAUUUGGAAUGUCACCUUCAAAAGGGGUCCUUUUCUAUGGUCCCCCAGGAUGUGGGAAAACUCUCUUGGCCAAGGCAAUUGCGAAUGAAUGUCAAGCCAACUUCAUCAGUGUCAAGGGCCCUGAAUUGCUUACAAUGUGGUUUGGUGAGAGUGAAGCCAAUGUUCGAGAAAUUUUUGACAAGGCCCGACAAUCUGCUCCAUGUGUGCUUUUCUUUGAUGAGCUUGACUCCAUUGCUACACAGAGAGGAAGCAGCGUUGGGGAUGCAGGUGGUGCUGCCGAUCGGGUUCUGAACCAACUCCUUACUGAAAUGGAUGGCAUGUCUGCAAAAAAGACUGUGUUCAUAAUUGGAGCCACCAACAGACCUGACAUAAUUGACCCAGCACUUCUGAGGCCAGGUCGCCUUGAUCAAUUGCUUUAUAUUCCUCUUCCUGAUGAGGAUUCACGCCAUCAAAUUUUUAAAGCCUGCUUGAGAAAAUCACCUAUCUCAAAAGAUGUUGAUUUGAGAGCACUGGCCAAGUAUACACAAGGCUUCAGUGGGGCAGACAUUACAGAGAUAUGCCAGCGAGCAUGCAAGUAUGCUAUAAGAGAGAACAUCGAAAAGGAUAUAGAGAGGGAGAAGAGGCGAAGUGAGAAUCCUGAGGCUAUGGAUGAGGACGUUGAUGACGAAGUGGCUGAGAUCAAGGCUGCUCAUUUUGAGGAGUCCAUGAAGUAUGCCCGUAGGAGUGUUAGUGAUGCUGAUAUACGAAAGUACCAGGCAUUUGCUCAGACGUUGCAGCAGUCUAGGGGUUUUGGAACUGAAUUUAGGUUUUCUGAGACACGAGCUGGGGCCUCUUCAGGAGCUGACCCAUUUUCAACUGCUGCUGGUGGAGCUGAUGAAGAUGAUUUGUAUAGUUAGGUUUUAUCAUAACCUCGGUGACAUAUCUAUCUGUUCGCCUUAAUUCGUGCCUUUGUUGGACUAGGUUACCCUCAAAAUGUGGCAAAGGCUUUCCUGUAUGUUAAUGCUUUAACUUAUGUUUAUUUUUUUUUAUUUUUUAUUUUUUGGUAUUUCCAAGUCGGGUGUUGCUGGGUUAAACAUCGGAUUUCCUGUUCUCCUACGUGGUUAUUUAUGGAUGAAAACUUUAAAUGA